AUGGCUAACCGUCGCCGCCGCAACUCCCCUGCAUUUCGGCAAUCCCAAGAUGAAGACAACUCAAACCGCACCGCCGCGGGAAGCUCCUCCAGUCGCCAUCCUGCUUACCAUGGCAUCCGCUGCCGAGCCGGAAAAUGGGUUUCUGAAAUUCGUGAACCAAACAAGCCAACUCGUAUAUGGCUAGGCACGUAUCCGACACCGGAAAUGGCGGCCGCCGCUUACGACGUGGCGGCAUUGGCACUCAAAGGCACGUAUGCGGUACUAAACUUUCCUGACUCUAUUCUCUCUAGUACGCUUCCUGAGUGUCCGACGGCUGACGACAUCCGUGCCGCAGCAGCAAGGGCGGCAGCCGCUCGAGCUCCGACUAAUGAAACUGGCGGUGGAAGUGGAAGCUCUACCGGUGUUGGAGGAAACCAUCCCGGAGGAUAUAUGGACGAUGAAGCAGUGUUUGGAAUGCCAAAUAUGUUGUCGGACAUGGCGGAAGGAAUGCUCCUAACCCCACCGAGAGACAACUCUAAUCCGCCGGACGAUGGAGAUGAUUACUCCGGUGGAGGGAAUCUAUGGAGUUACUGAUGACAGUUAAGUAAUCUGGUAUCAACCGGUAUGCAUGAAUGAUUGUGCAAGUGUGCCUUUUUUUUCCUCCAAAAUCUUCCGUUUACUAACAACACUUGGAAGGUGUUGGAUUUUUGUGGGUGAAUGAAAUAUAUAUUCACCAAUUUGUAUUAGAUGCUUGCAAUCCUGAUUUGUUUUUAAGUGUGUGUUAAUUUAGGUGCUUCAAAAUAAUUGUAACAUAUCCUACACUUCUUGUAGUUGAUGUGCAUAU